CGGAAGUCUUCUCAUUCAGCAUCUCUCUCAUGGCAACGCUCCAGCAGAACUGGACCAAACUCAUUAGACUCAAUGCCAAACUGAAAAAACUUUCAUAGUGCCAUAUAUGCAGAAACUGAUACGGAAUAAAUAGAAUAAAACUGACCAGUCCAAAAGAUUCAGGUGGUAUGGCGAGGGGUUAGAGAAUGAAUCCGCGUGUGUCAAAACAACGUAAGAAAAGGCCAGGGAUAACAUUCCCUGAUGGCAUCAGUUACAUCAGAACAACCUUGGACCGAGAAAAAACCCGGAUACGAAGAAUGAAAGAUCGUUCCAAAACAGAAUCACAAGCCAAACCACUGAAAGCACUUCAUCUUCCAUUCAUUGUUCCACUCGGUAUUACUCAAAGUAUUCCUGAAUUCAGCCCCAGUCAAGGCCAUAAAACACAUCGAUCACUUGGUGAGGGGCGAUAUCAGUCACAGAUAACAGUCAACAAACAGCAACCAGUGUCACAUACACAUAGUAAACAACACAAAAAUACAGUCCAUACAACAGAGAGUGGCAAAUUAGUUGCCACUGUUGCCCCAACAACGACUUUACCUCACCUUGGUCAGUCACAUGACCAGAAACACUCGCACCAUCGCCAGCAUCAUGAAGACAACACACUACCUCAACUCAAUAAACAACAAACUUCAGACUCCAACAUCACAAGACAGAACUCAUUUUCCACAACUGGUACCCCUGACAGAGCGAAACGGGACCAGUAUGGGAACAAGCUGCCAAUGACCCCACAAGAGGCCUUAAAGCUAUACAGGGGUAAAUUGUCUGCAUUUGAACAAACAGAAAUUUUAGAUUAUCCAGAAAUAUGGUUCCUAGGAUUAGAAGCCAAGAAGAUAGAGGGUGUUCCAGGUGGUGCUCAAAAUAACGGCUACGAUGACGAGAGUGGGUCAUAUAUUAAGGUUAUGCAUGAUCACAUGGUUUACCGGUAUGAGAUUUUAGAAGUGCUUGGGAAAGGGUCGUUCGGUCAAGUGGUCAAGUGUUACGACCAUAAAACUGACCAGAUGGUAGCUGUUAAAAUUAUACGGAACAAAAAGAGAUUUCAUCAUCAAGCCUUAGUAGAAGUAAAAAUAUUAGAUGCUCUCCGUAGAAAAGACAAAGACUCACAAUAUAACAUCAUACAUAUGGGAGAAUAUUUCUACUUUAGAAAUCAUUUAUGUAUCACAUUUGAACUUAUGGGUAUGAAUUUAUAUGAAUUGAUAAAGAAGAACAACUUCCAAGGAUUUAGUAUAGCUUUAAUACGUAGAUUUGCCUUCUCUCUACUACAAUGUCUUAAGUUGUUACAACGAGACAAAAUAAUCCACUGUGAUUUAAAACCAGAAAAUAUAUUAUUACGACAAAGAGGUCAAAGUUCAAUCAAAGUGAUAGAUUUCGGCUCAAGUUGCUAUGAGCAUCAACGUGUAUAUACUUAUAUCCAGAGUCGAUUCUACCGAUCGCCAGAAGUGAUCUUAGGUCUGCCUUACUCCAUGCCUAUAGAUAUGUGGAGUUUUGGUUGUAUUUUAGCUGAGUUAUACACAGGGUACCCUCUAUUUCCUGGGGAGAAUGAGGUGGAGCAGCUAGCCUGUAUCAUGGAAGUUAUGGGACUUCCUCCAAAUAAUGUAUUAGAACAGGCAACCAGGAGGAGAUUAUUUUUUGAUUCCAAGGGUAAUCCUAGAAGUAUUACAAACAGUAAAGGGAAGAAGAGACGAGUGGGAUCUAAAGACUUACAGCAGGCUGUUAAAACUAGCGAUGCUAACUUCUUAGAUUUUAUACGGAGAUGUUUAGAAUGGGACCCUAGUAUUAGAAUGACACCAGAAGAGGCCUUACAACAUGAGUGGAUAAAGGAAGGUUUGGUCCACCGACGUCCACGUGGAGAGUCCAAUAGGGACAAAACUAAACCUAGUCAUAGGCCAUCUCCUGCUCAAUCAGAAUCUUCUGGACAACCAGAUCCUUAUAAAGUGCCAGCACAACCUCCGGUUAAAGAUACCCAAAAGUCAGAAGAAUGGAGGGUAACGUUAAAGGACAGAAAGAGUGCCAAACGAGUGCCCCCAAUUGGUGCCUCAGCUGAUACACAAAAACAUGAAGAACAACUCAGUGCCAGAGUUCCAGUUGUUCAGUUCCGUCUGUCUUCAAAUAAUCCAGACACUAAUGAAACUAAAACUAUUGCUCCAAGUGCAAAAACCUCCAUCAAAAGUGGAAGGAAGGAAGAAAGUAAUUUAUCGGAGGACAAAUUGCAUAAGCAGGAGACCAGUAUUGAAGAAGGAAAAUUCUUGCCACCAAUCGGAAACAAAUAAUCACAAUUGUGAUUGGAACAUAAAUAUGAUAACUGUGCUUACUGUAUAUAUGAUUUUGAUAGAGAGCUGUAUUAACUUGAUAACUGUGAUGACUUUUGAUAUGGUUGUGAUUGAAAAGGAACAAAUAUGAUAUUUAUGAUUUUUAUGAUUGUUAUGAUUGAAAAGAACAAACAUGAUAUUUAUGAUUUUUAUGAUUGUUAUGAUUAUUAUUUAUGAUAAUUGUUAUUACUUUAAUUGUUAUGGUUGAAUUGUUAUAGAACAGCAGGAAUAUGUUCAGAAUUAUAAUUGAUGGUAAAAGAUAUAAGUCUUAGUUUUUAAAUUUUUCCAUUUGUGACUUUUUAAAGAGUUUUAAUGAAAUUGACAGUCCUUAGCUUCAAGAGAAUAAAAAAAUAUCUGUAAAGGAAUAAUGAACCAUGAAAAAAAAAGAACAAGAAAAGAUCAAAAUAGAUUACAUUCAUGACAUAACUUCAGUCAUUAAAAGUCACUAAAAAAAUGGCUGAUAUAGCAGUGCAGACAUUUUUUUAGUUCAGAAAAUUUAUGUGACCAUUUUGCUAGUCAAAUUUAAGUUUCUCCAUUUAAUUAUCAUGAUUUUGAUUGAUUUUGAUAUUUUUGAAACCAGUUAAAAUCCAACUUUCUCACCAAGCUUCCAUUGAAUUUCAGAGGACAUUACAAAAUUCUUGAAUUCUUUUAUCAUCACUUAUAAGGGUAUGGAUGUGUGAAUGAUAAAUUGUUAUUGUUAUUUCGUCUCUCAUAUUUAUUUUUUGAUUUUUACAAAGUAUAUUUUAACAGUCAUGUCGAAUCCGUCCAGUUCAUUUUUUUCUAUAGAAAAGGACAUUAUUUUUUUUUUUAUAUCUAAUCCAUUUUUAAAGGAUAUAUUUUAACAGUCAUGUUGAAUCUGACCAGCUGAAUUUUCCUAUAGAAUUCUUUUUCAUUUUAACUCUAGUGAUUUUUUUGGGCUGUAGAUCAAUCCAUAAGGAGAGUUAAUUUUAUAGCGGUCAUUGUCUAUUUUGAAAUUCAAAUUCAACGAUUCAUAUAGUGAGUAAAUCUAAUAUUAUUUGGUACUUUUUGUUUUGAUAUACUUCCAGAAUGAAAAUUCAUUUCGAUUAACUUUUGCAUCAAGAUUGUUGAAAACUGUGGUUUUUGUUAAGUUUUCAAUAAAUUUAGAUUCACCCACGAAAUUCCAAUUUUAGUUGAAGGAUGUCAAGCAUAACACCCAACUACAGUGUAUUUCUUGCUGUAAAUUUUUAUCCCAACCAAAAUGGUGCCUGAUGGACAUACCGGUAGUUUAUCCAUUAAAAACUUGAUAAACAAGACGAACGUGCCUAUUAGAAUAUUAAAGUUUGUUUUAUGAGAUAAGUCAUGGUUAUGUUUUUUUCUUUAAGUUUCGAUAAGUUACACUUAGUAUUAUUUUCGAGUUCUCAGUAACUUUGUAGAUGCAUAUAGUAUUUAAAGUUUCAUACUUAACUUUAAAUGAUCAAAUUUAUGAAAAAGAAAGGCCAUUUUUGAAGAAAAAUAGGCAA